UCUCAUUUCUUUUACGGAAGUGGGUGUGAAGAACUGCUACAUUCAGGAGCAGCAGCACAGUAGACCUACUGUAAUUAAUCACUGCUGCCCGUUCACCACGGAUUUAAAUACAUGCGGAUCCGCUUUAUUUAAUCUAUUUCGCCGCGAGAUACAACUAUAAGAGCCCUUGGAAAUAUGAGCCAAACGUCUGAGUCUCCAGCCGAUGCUGCUGUGACUGAAGCUCCAGUUUCUCAACCUGAGCCCAAGCAAUCAACAGCUGGGAAGAAACAGAACAAAAAAAAAGUGGAAGAAGUGGUGGAGGAAGAAGAAGAAGAGUAUGUUGUGGAGAAAGUCCUGGAUCGGCGCGUGGUGAAAGGAAGAGUGGAAUACCUCCUUAAGUGGAAAGGCUUUUCUGAUGAGGACAACACCUGGGAACCAGAAGACAACCUGGACUGUCCUGACCUCAUAGCAGAAUUCCUUCAGUCACAGAAAACCGCUGAAUCUGGAGGCAAGAGACGGGCCGAGACAGAUGGAGAUGGAAAGGAGCCUAAAAAGCGCAAAGAUGAGCCUGAGAAACUCAGAGGUUUUGCACGUGGUUUGGAUCCUGAGAGGAUUAUUGGUGCUACAGACUCAAGUGGAGAACUCAUGUUCCUCAUGAAAUGGAAAAACUCUGAUGAAGCAGAUCUUGUACCAGCCAAGGAGGCGAAUGUAAAGUGUCCACAAGUUGUAAUUUCUUUUUACGAGGAACGCCUCACCUGGCAUUCAUACCCUACUGAAGAGGAAGAGAAGAAGGAUGACAAAUAAGAUGUAAGGGACAGUGACUUUCAGUCGUGGCCAUUGAAACUCUUAUUUGAUUAUUUUUCUCCUGAAAGAGAGAUUUCUUAAUAAAAAAAAUUAAAAAAAAUGGUAUAAACUGUAAUCUACAUAGGUUUUUAGCAUAUUUUAGUUUAGGCUCCAUAGAUAAAGCAUAUAGAACACUGCUGUUUCAGUGUACGUGACAGGUGGCAUGACUGUGCACCUUUAAUGUAUUCUUCAUGCUUUCUUAUAACAUUCUAUUGACAUUCAUAAAACCAAUUCAAAGAUAUUCACAGACUGUAAAUCAUACAUGUGAAGUAGUGAUGUCCUUUAAAAGUUGUUUCAUGUUGAAAAUAUUGAAGCUGUCCCCUACCCCUGUGUAGAUUACAGUGUUAAGUCUAUCAUACUGGAUCAGUUUCAUUUGACGCUGUAGCAGUCUCAAAAACGUCCUGAUAUGAUAAUCCUUAAUUUUAUGUACAUAUUAAUAAUGUUAAAGUAUUACUGCCUUAACAGAUUAUAAAGAAAAUGACAAUUUUAUACAUCUGUUAAUACAGGUGGUCAUUGAAUGCAUAACUGAAUCUAGAAUGGACCAUGGAAAAAGAGGUAUAGAGAAUAGGGCACAAAUAUUGGCCUUAUUUAGCUUUCGGACCUGGCUUGCAUAUGAUUGGUUUUAUAAAGACAUGCCAGCAGCUGUUACUAUUCCAUUAACUUGCCCAUUAACUAUUACAUGUCUGGUCUUUCGAUAGGUGCUAUUUGUGAAUCAUACCCACUGAAUAUUAAGAUUAUACAAGUAUUUCUUGUCUUGACAUUGUGGAUGUAAAUAGGUUUACCAUUUUUUAGCACAUCAGCAUCACUGUGUACAGUCACUUGGAGUUUGGUUAUUACUUUGAUACUCUUGUCUUAUUAUUGUCACACAGCAAAGUAGAACUGUAACGUUCUUUAUAAGAAAUGUAAAGUAAGUUUUUUUAUGUUAACAAUUGUAUGCUAGUUUUGUUUAACCAUGCUAUUAGUGCAUAUUUUCAAAGCGCAUUAGCCAUUUAAUUAUCAUUUUCAAAAAUAAAAAGCAUUG